CGGAUACGGUGUACCUCAUGAUGACGUAUGUGCCAGGCGCCGAGUCGCAGGUCUGGAAUGGAGAGGGCGGAAGCCGGGCGCCGUCAUGUCAACAGCCGGGAGAAUGUUGCUGUAUCUCAGGCAGCGUUUGAGGGUCGGAGCGGUGCGGGAGAUAUUUAGACACUAUCCGCUGCUGUGCUUCAGCCUGUUCUUCCUCUCCUUGUCCACCGUACUGCUGCUCAGAUAUCUUCAUAUUCUUAUGAUCUUCUGGUCAUUUCUUGCUGGAGUUGUUACAUUAUACUGCUCACUGGAACCUGAAUCUCUUCUUCCUAAUAUUUUAUUUAACAUAAAGCACAAGCCAAAGCAGCCUGAACUACAAGAGCUUUUUCCACAAGGUCAUAGCUGUGCCGUGUGUGGUAAAGUAAAGUGCAAAAGGCAUAGGCCUACUUUGCAGUUGGAAAACUAUCAGCCAUGGCUGGAUUUGAAGGUCCCUUCAAAGGUUGAUGCAUCUUUGUCAGAGGUGUUUGAAUUGGUACUGGAAAACUUUGUCUACCCCUGGUAUCGAGAAAUUACUGAGGAUGAGUCUUUUGUGGAUGAACUAAGGCUGACAUUGAGGUUCUUUGCAUCUGUUCUUGUACGGAGAAUACAGAAGGUGGAUAUUCCAUGCAUUAUAACACAAAAGUUAUUGAAAGCCGCUAUGAAGCAUAUUGAGAUAAUCGCAAAAGCAAGACAAAAAGUUAAAAACUCAGAUGAUCUCCAGCAAGCGGCUUUGGAGGAAUAUGGGCCUGAUCUUCACGUUGCAUUGAGAAGUCGCAGAGAUGAACUCUGCUACCUCAGAAAACUAACUGAGUUGAUCUUUCCUUUUAUUCUACCUCCUAAAGCAACAGACAGCAGACCUCUAACCUUGCUGGUAAGAGAGAUUCUAUCUGGUUCUGUGUUCCUGCCCUCAAUGGACUUCUUAGCCGAUCCAGAUAAUGUGAAUCGCUUGCUCCUCAUUUUCAUUGAUAAAAGUCCUCCUGAAAAAGCAACAGAACCAACCUCUAACUUAGUACCAUUCCUACAAAAAUUUGCAGAAGCGAAGAACAAGAAUCCCUCGGUGCUGAAAUUAGAAUUGAAGGAGAUCAGGGCAGAGCAGGACCUCCUGUUUCGCUUUAUGAAUUUUCUGAAGCAAGAGGGAGCUGUUCAUGUGUUGCAGUUUUGCUUGACAGUUGAGGAAUUUAAUGACAGAAUUUUAAGACCAGAACUAUCUAAUGGGGAAAUGCUCUCACUUCAUGAAGAGGUGAAGAAAAUCUAUUUUACCUAUUGUCUUGAAGAAAGCAUUGAUAAAAUCCGAUUUGACCCAUUCAUCGUGGAGGAAAUAAAAAAAAUUGCAGAAGGCCCGUACAAUGAAGUGGUGAAGCUCCAAACGAUGCGAUGCCUGUUUGAAGCCUAUGAACAUGUUCUCUCCCUGCUCGAGAAUGUUUUCACUCCCAUGUUUUGUCAUAGUGAUGAGUAUUUUAGGCAGUUGCUGGAAGGCGCAGAGUCUCCAACUCGCGGCUCAAAAUUCAACAGAAAUAGCCUGUGUUUGGAUGAUAUACGGACCACACAAAAAAGAGGAGGAGAAUCCUCGGGUAUUGGGAAAAUUGGCAGCAGGCUUAAAGGCGUGUUUAAAAGCACAACUAUGGAGGGAGCCAUGUUGCCUAAUUAUGGGUUAGCAGAGGGAGACGAUAAUGCAAUUGAAGAAGGCAUUAUGGUGUUAGAAGAUGAUUCUCCUCUGGAGGUACACACUGCAACUACACCCAACACUCCUCGCAAUCUCUCUGCAUGGAAAAUCAGCAUUCCAUAUGUUGAUUUCUUUGAAGAUGCUUACCUUGAAAAGAAAGAUCGAAAGGAGAGAAUUCCUGUUUUUUGUAUAGAUGUUGAGAGGAAUGAUCGAAAAGCAGUUGGACAUGAAGCUGAACAUUGGUCUGUCUACAGAAAAUACAUCGAAUUUUAUGUUCUGGAGUCAAAGCUAACUGAAUUCCAUGGUACCUUUCCGGAUGCCCAGCUUCCAUCGAAAAGAAUCAUAGGACCUAAAAACUAUGAAUUUUUAACAUCAAAAAGGGAAGAAUUUGAGGAAUAUUUACAGAGACUGUUACAGCACCCAGAGCUAAGUAACAGCCAAUUGUUAGCAGAUUUCUUAUCCCCUAACAGCUUGGAGACUCAGUUUCAUGACAAGAUACUCCCAGACGUGAAUCUAGGUAAAAUGAUCAAGUCUGUACCAGGCAAGCUAAUUAAAGAGAAAGGACAACAUCUAGAGCUUUUCAUCAUGAAUUUCAUCAACUCAUGUGAAUCCCCAAAACCUAAACCAAGCAGACCUGAGUUGACUAUUCUCAGUCCCACGUCAGAGAACGACAAAAAGCUUUUUAACGAUAUGUACAAGAACAAUGCCAACCGUUCAGAGUAUAUAGAGAGAAAGCAUAACCAGAACUACUUCAUGGAAGUGCUGACGGUAGAGGGUGUUUAUGACUAUCUUAUGUUUAUAGGACGUUGUGUUUUCCACAUUCCUGAUUGGUUUCAUCACCUGUUAAUGGGAGGACGAAUCCUUUUCAAAAAUACGCUUGAGACCUACACGGACCAUUACCUGCAGUGUAAAAUGGAACAACUUAGUCAAGAACAUCGACUUGUUUCAUUAAUUACACUUCUUAGAGAUGCUGUAUUUUGUGAAAGCACUGAACCGCGUUCUGCAGUGACCAAACAGAAACGGGCAAAGCAGACCUUUGAUGAAAUGAUGAGUUACAUUCCAGAUUUAAUAGGGAAAUGUAUUGGAGAUGAAGCAAAGUAUGAAGGUAUUCGAUUAUUGUUUGAUUGUCUGCAGCAGCCUGUGCUUAACAAACAGCUGUCUUACGUUCUGCUAGAUAUUGUUAUGCUGGAGGUAUUCCCAGAGCUGAGCAAGCUUCAAAAAGAUGUUUCAUCUGUACCUACCUGGAUGUGAAGAAGACAGCUAGAAUUGGACUUUCUUAUUGUAGAUCUUGGAAGCAUUGUAUCUUUUUAUGGCUGUUAUUCCAGAAACCGCACUUUUAUUCAGUUCUACGAGAGUGAAACUAUCAAUAAAACUCUGUAUAGAAUGUGUUUCUCUGUGUCACAGGGUUAAAUCACUUUUUCCUUGCAUGUUAUGCAAAGUGUAGUAAUGAACACUUCCCUUGUACAUUAUUUUUGUAAAUAUUAGAUGUUACAUAUAUAUAUACAUAUUAAAGCUGCUUUCAAUAAA